CCACGCACACGCCACACGCAGGCAGUCACCAAGGAAAGCAAAACCGCAACCUCCAGAGCAUGCGCGUUGCUGCAACCCCAACCCGGCCCGUCUCCUCCGCUCCCGUCCUCGCCGCCCUAGCCAUCCUCCUCCUCGCCGGCUCCGCCUCCCUCGCGGCCGGAGCCAUGGCGGGCCACGUCCUCGGCGGCAAGACCGACACCCCCGCCGCCGCCAACAGCCUCGACACCGACGGCCUCGCCCGCUUCGCCGUCGACGAGCACAACAAGCGCCAGAACGCGCUGCUGGAGUUCGUGCGGGUCGUCGAGGCCAAGGAGCAGGUGGUGGCCGGCACCGUGCACCACCUCACGCUCGAGGCGCUCGAGGCCGGCAGCAAGAAGGUCUACGAGGCUAAGGUCUGGGUCAAGCCAUGGCUCAACUUCAAGGAGCUGCAGGAGUUCGUCCACACCGGGGACGCAACCUCCUUCACCGCCUCCGACCUCGGCGCCAAGAAAGGGGACCAUGAGCCUGGAUGGCGUGAUGUGCCUGUACAUGACCCUGUAGUCAAAGAUGCUGCAGACCAUGCUGUGAAAACAAUCCAGCAGAGGUCGAACUCCCUUUUCCCAUAUGAACUUCUUGAAAUCAUUCAUGCAAAGGCAGAGGUUGUUGAGGACUUCGCGAAGUUUGACAUCCUCAUGAAACUGAAGAGAGGGACCAAGGAGGAGAAAAUGAAAGCUGAGGUCCAUAAGAACCUUGAGGGAGCUUUUGUGCUGAGCCAGAUGCAGCCAGAGCAUGAUGAAUCUAGCAGCCAGUGAAGUCUGACAUGUCAAGCUCAUAGUAAUGUAGUUUGUGUGAAGUAAUAAACAGUAAACUUGUCUCUGCACGGGCUUGGUUGUUGAAUGCGGCACGACUGGAGCUCUAUUCCUAACUAUCUGAAACCUUGUUUGGUUGUUGUGUCGAUGUUGGAAUAUGCAACUAAUCUUGUAACUCCUUAAGGGCACUGUUGGCUACUGAAAUAUGACAAGCACAGGUCUUCGGUUA